CAUGCGCCCACCUGCGCUGCACAGCCAUGAGACAAUGAAGACGGAAUUUAAGUUCUCAAACCUCUUGGGCACUGUCUAUCGUCAAGGCAAUCUCGUCUUUACGCCGGAUGGCAACUCUCUGCUCUCGCCAGUCGGCAACCGUGUGACUGUCUUUAAUCUGACAAAAAACACCAGUUACACCUUUCCCUUUGCCCAUCGAAAGAACAUCACCCACCUCGACCUUUCCCCCGACGGCAGUCUCCUCCUCACUAUUGAUGAAGAUGGCAGGGCAAUACUAUCUAUUUUCUCCAGAAGAGUGGCAAUCUAUCAUUUCUCCUUCAAAUCACCGGUAACGUCAUUAGCAUUCGCUCCAGACGGUCGUCAUUUCGUGGUGGGACUCGGAAGAAAGAUCCAGGCAUGGCGGACACCCUCUACGCCCGGCGGAAAUGCAGAUGGAGAUCUCGAAUUCGCUCCGUUCAUCUUGCAUCGCGAAUAUGGAGGGCAUUUUGACGAUGUCAGACAUUUGAGCUGGUCCGGCGACUCGCGCUUCUUCCUCAGUGCAUCCAAAGACCUUACAGCACGGAUAUGGAGUCUUGAUCCAGAGGAAGGCUUCGAGCCGACAGUCCUCUCGGGUCAUAGGCAACAAGUCAAGGGUGUCUGGUUUUCUGCCGACCAGGAAUCCAUUUUCACAGUCAGCGAAGACGGAGCCCUCUUCCGCUGGGAGUAUUUAGCCAACCAACAAGCCGAAAACGACGAUUCGAUAGAGCCAGUUGAUGAGAGGUGGCGCAUUGUGCAGAGGGACUAUUUUAUGCACAACGCAAAGUUGAAAUGCGCUUCCUACCAUCCCUCGACCAAUCUACUCACUGCCUGCUUCGACAACGGUUUGUUUUCCUUGUAUGAGACUCCUUCUUUCUCAAACAUUCAUAGCCUGUCAAUGGCAUCCUCACCCAUCUCAGCAGUAACCGUCAACAGCACGGGAGAAUGGCUGGCCUUCGGCUCCUCCAGAACUGGUCAAUUACUGGUGUGGGAGUACGCUUCAGAGUCAAACAUUCUCAAGCAGUCUUCGCAUCUUGAUACAAUGACGACGUUGACCUAUUCGCCCGACUCUAGCCGCAUCAUUACUGGUGCCGAUGACGGACUGAUCAAGGUUUGGGACGUCUCGUCCGGCUUCCACAUUGCGACCUUCUCGGAACAUAACUCUGCUGUCACCGCCUCUGCAUAUUCUAAAAGAGGCAACAUUCUUUUCACUUCAUCUUUGGACGGAUCAGUUCGGGCAUGGGAUAUGUUGAGGUAUCGAAAUUUUAGGACUUUCACAGCUCCUCAAAGGCUCUCCUUCUCUUGUUUAGCCAUCGACCCUUCUGCGGAGGUCGUCUGCGCCGCGUCCCACGACUCCUUUGACAUUUACCUCUGGUCCGUCCAGACUGGAGCUCUUCUCGACCGACUGGCAGGUCACGAAGGACCGAUAUCUACAUUAGCCUUUACUCCUGACGGCCGACAUCUCGUCUCCGGAUCCUGGGAUCACACCAUUCGAGUAUGGUCUGUGUUUGACCGAUCACAAUCGUCAGAAACGCUACAGCUCAUGUCUGACUUGCUUUGUAUUGCAGUCCGGCCUGACUCUGCACAAAUCGCGGCUUCUACGCUCGAUGGGCAACUUACUUUUUGGAACCUGAACACUUCGAUACAAGAAUCCGGUUUCGACGGCCGUCGAGACGUCAGUGGAGGUCGGACACUGACUUCGCGACGUACAGCAGCUUCAACCCCUGGAACUAAAUCGUUCAACUCGAUUGUAUAUUCCGCGGACGGCAGCUGCCUGCUUGCAGCCGGAAACAGCAAAUAUAUCUGUCUAUACUCAGUCAGCACACUGACGUUGAUCAAGAAAUUCACCAUCUCCAUCAACCUGAGCCUAGAUGGGACACAAGAAUUCUUGAACUCGGCAGCUAUCAUGUCCAACGGCCUGCCCAAAGACAUGCUGGACACAGAAGGCGAAGCAAGCGACCUCGAAGAGCGCAUGGACCGUAGCCUGCCAGGCGUGAAACGUGGUAGAGACGCCACAGCGAGGAGCAUUCGCCCAGAAGUCCGGGUCGCUAAUGUCGAGUUUGCACCAACCGGAAGAAGCUUCUGUGCAGCCAGUACUGAAGGUCUCUUGAUUUACAGCCUCGACAACGUGGGGAUGGAAGAUUUCGAUCCAUUUGAUCUCGACAUCGACGUUACUCCGCAGAAUGUACGGGCAAUCCUCGCACAAGACGAGCCCGAGUAUCUUAAGGCCCUCAUUAUGGCAUUCAGACUGAACGACAAGCCUUUGCUCCGACAAGCUUAUGAGUCAGUACCGUACGGAUCGGUCCCACUGCUUGUCCGUGAACUGCCAAGGGUGUAUCUCGGGAAAUUGUUGAUGCUUGUUGCCCAACAGAUGGAAAAUAAUCCUCAUUUGGAGUUUGCACUUCGUUGGCUGGGUGAGAUCCUGAGUGUCCAUGGUCGAUACAUCAAGGAGAGGCACGGCGAAUUUGCCACCGAACUGCGCUCUAUCCUCCGCGGAGUGGAUGGCGUGGGAAAAACAGUACGCAGUCUCAGUGAACGCAAUGUCUUUGAGAUUGAAUUCUUGUGCCAACAGCCUAAAGACAGCAACACGCUAGCGUCGGGGAGUUUGGAACAAUAUGGACAUGACACAAAUAGGGAGACGGUCCUUGCCGAGAAUGGUGAGGCCGAGUGGAUUGACCUGGAUUGAUUCUUUCUUCGCAAGUGUUGUUAACGCAAUGAUACCCACGAGCAGAGUGAGAUGAACAGAUAGAUGUACACGGCCCCAGAUGAGCCAGUAGCCAACGAUGAAAAGAACAUGGUUUCAAUUACUCUGCUCCCGAUUGGACUCCCAUGGUUUUAGUAUCCAACAACAUGGCUGAUAAUGCGAAGCUCAAGGGAGUCCUCGAUACAUACCGAGUACAC